GACACAUGUUGUGCACUAUAUGCUGUUAAUAGCGUAGUCACUUCAAAUACACCAGUCAGUUAACAGACACAGAUAUCAAUCCGCGUGAUAAAAAAAAAAAAAAAAGCAAAGAAAAGCAAGGAGAGCAAGGUGCACGUUAUCACGUCUCCAUCAGGAUCUGUCUAGACUGUAAUCUUUGGAGGUCCUUUCAGCUGAUGUGCUGUGAACCAGAGACAAUCAUGAUCCUGCUGACUCCCUCCUCUGGUCUCUUCCAGUGUACCAACAAGCUCUUUCUGAGUGAUGAAGCCACAGGACUUCAGAUCAAGGAGUUUGCACGUAAAAAUGCAGCUAAUGCUCUGUCAGUUGCCAACAUGGUCAUGGGCAUGGCUUCCAUUCUCAGCAGUCUAAAUGGGCACCAUCAUGCUGCAUGUUGGCUGGUCCUGAUUGGCUACCUGCUGGAUUUGGCAGACGGAGCAGUUGCCAGGCGACUCGGUGCCUGCUCUGCGCUGGGUGCAAAGCUCGAUGAUUUCGCUGACUUCACGACCUUCGGGAUCGCCACGUCAUUGCUUCUAAGGACGUCUGACCUGCUGGACAACAUCCUGUGCGUGUGUUACGUCUUGUCUGUGUUCGUUCGCCUCUGUUUCUUUUCAAGUGGGAUCCCGUUCAUGUACCGCGGCCUGCCCUGCAUCUACUCCUCUGGCAUCCUGGCCAGUGCCUCUCUGCUGUCGGGGGAAAACCUGGCCAUGCUGCGGGUCAUUGCGGUGGCCAUGAUCCUCUUUAUGAUCAGCCAGAACUUCUACCCCCAUGACAGAGUGCUGGAGUCCCAGGCCUGGAAGAAAGCAGUCUACGCUGGAGGAGUCGUCAUGGUAUUCUGCUCUUCCUUCCCCCCUGCGUGUGUGUACUACCUGCUGUGGUCAGUCUCCUACAUUUUGUUCCCAACAUCUCUUUGGAGCAGUAAAGUGUAAAAUGGGUGCCGGCUUCGUCCAAAACUCCCAUGUAGGUUUUCCUCUCUGACCCUCAUGCGGGUGCACUGAGGCUUCCAGACUGCUGCUGCUCCCUACUGUCAUGGAGGAUCCAAGCUGAACAUGCUCAUGCUCCACAGGCGACCACUUGCUCUAUUUGACCUUUUAUUUUGAGGUGACACCUCUAAAAAGAACCCAUAUUGAAGAGAUGAAGGAUGAGAAGGACAUUUUAAUGUUACUGGUAAGGGUUAACCUUCAUGCUGUCUUAUGUCUUUGUUCAGCCCAGUCUUACAUCAGGUUGUGAAAUAGUCAUGCAACUUUAUGUAUUGAUUCGUGUACAUAGACACGAAUUUCACUUUUUUUUAUGAUGGUCAGCACGAAAUUAAUUCAUAUGUAAUCCACAUAAUUCACCCAGGAGACCAGUGUUCGUGUCCCGUGUGAAUGUUGCAAUGAACCGCGCGGCUAGCAUUAAAAGUAGGCUAGACCUCGAAUCUCUAGAAGAGACGCAGCUGACACACAGCCUGUUAACCUGUUAACAUGGACGCCGAAAUAAAAAAACAACAGGUUCCGCAACCGUCAGGUGCUGCUCACGCGGGCGGUGUGGACACGCCGUAAGCAUGUCAAUCUAUUCCUAAACAGAAGUAAGUAGUUGUUGUUGCUUGACAUUCUUAGGAAAAUGCAUGACACGUGACUUUGUCAUGUAACUUCCGUACUUAAGUUGCGCCACUUUCAGUGUUAUUUUAACCCAAACCACAAUCUUUUCCUAAACCUAAAUAAGCAGUUUUGUUGACUAAGCCUAACCAAGUCAAUCUAUUCCUAAAUAUAACUAAGUAGUUUUAUUUUGAAAAGACAGGAGUGGAAAUUGACAUAUGCAUCACACGUUGCUGACCAUUCGUAGGAAAACGCAUGAAAAAUACAUAGUUGAAAGUCGUGUCUAUGUACAACAAUCAAAUAGAUUACAUUUCCUGACUGCUUCACAAACUGCUGUGAGACUGUGUUGCUUUGUUGCAUUUUCACUGAAGCCAGGGGUCGGAUGGCUUGUUUUCAUCAGGUUUAUAUCCCGUGUAAUCUCAGUACUAAUCCAAUCUUUCAUCAAUGUUCUGAACAUGCAGCAGCAGGGCACAUCAUUUUCUCACAGGACAAUAUGAAAACAAAUUAUUUCAAAUGAAACAAAAACGAAUAGAUUUUUGCCUCUAAUGUUUAAUGUGUAAUCGCACAGGAUCAUAACUCUUAUUAUGAUGUGUGUUGAGCAUAGUCCCAUGAGUAACUGUUCAAGUGCUACAUUAUAUAGGUAAGGCCUUUAAUCAGUCUAUAUACAGCAUGAUUUCUCAGCAGCAUUUUCCAGAUUCAAAAUUCAAUGUCCUUUCUCGUUUAUCUAUGACACAGUUAUGGGCAUUCAUACAGCACUAUGAGCAGUCGUGUGUUAGCUGUUAAUGUUUGUAUCAGGGUUGAGGUCACUUAUCUUUCAUAGCAUUCAGGUCAGAAUGUCCUCGAAAUCCACUUUCUCCAUUUUGUAGGGGUCUCAAAUGUGACUUACAGCAAGAAACUUUCGAACAUGAUGGUGCAGUCAUUCCUAUUGUUAGACUUGUGGUUUGAAUAUGUUUUAGAUAAGUUCAAUUGAAAAUAAACUGACCCCAACUCUGGCUUCUGUGAAUUCGGGACUUUUUCAGACUUUUUACCAAGUUGUGGUCCAAGAAAUGAUGUGGUAGAUCGUCAUAUUUCUUCUAUGUGUCAUUUUAUUUGCUCAUUGUAUGUGUUUGCCUCUGUUUUAAGAGGCAUUGCAGUUUAAAUAGUAAAUCCACACUGGAUCACAUAGUACUUGUGAUUCAGUGUGAAUUUACCCUUAAAGAGCAACAACACACAGGCUGUGAAUCCUGCUCUUCCUCGCUUCGCUGCAACUUCACCUUUAGGUGGAGGCACCUAAAGGUGUCGUAACAUUGCACCAGAGCACUACUAGUGGUGGAGCAGCUUUAAACCCACAAGGAAGGAGAGUUUAAGUGUGUUGUUAAUCUUUAACUUGGCCAGUAUUCAGUCUGAGGGACAUUUUUUUGUGUUUCGCGAUGUGUAUUUGUGCAGUAUACUCAUAUAUAAAUUUAGACUCCAUACCUUGUGAAUACGGUCAUCUUUGAGCUUGUAAUCAGAGGUGUCAAAAUAAAAGGUACAACCUCACUCACAAUUUUAGUUCAGUGGUUUUAAUGAUAAUGAUUUAAUGAUUUGAGCCCUCUUAUAAGCAAUAUCAGAACUCCAAAACAUGAACUUUUGUGUUCAUUUUAUUUUAAAACUCCAUUAGGAAGCCUUAUUUAGAUAACUCAUACAUUUCUAACAUUAUGAGUUAUCUAAAUGACUGAAUAGUUUUUUGAGGGAAAACUAAAGCAGAAUUUCAUAAAUCAAGAAGUGUGGUUCUUGACAUGGUUACAAUAACCAAUCUACAGUGUAAAGUGCAUACACAGACUGAACAAAAAAGCUACUCUAGUACAUUCAGCUUUCCAGUGUGGGUGUUUUGGUUUUCAAACUGUGGAGUCACAGUAAUUUAUGCAUGCCAAGAGCAUUUCAGAUACAAAAACUGUACUUUGCCAAUUUAUUAGAAAAACCCAUCUUAAUGAAUAAUAAAAUCUGUGUUUUUACUUUUACUGUCUGUAUAUUUUUUGACAAUAAAGAGGGAAUAAUGAAAUGA